AUGGCUAUCAUCAUGCACACUAGCAAGCCUAAGAUUCUUAUACCUGAAAAGGUCUCACCAGAUGGUCUGGCCUUGUUGAAAGACCAAUUUGAGGUGGACGAGAAGAAAGGCCUCAGCCCAGAAGAAUUGAAGAGCAUCAUUGGGGAAUAUGAAGCUCUCAUUGUUCGCUCAGAGACUCAGGUGACAGCUGAGCUCCUCGGAGCUGCUAAGAAGCUCAAAGUCGUCGCACGUGCUGGCGUAGGAGUUGAUAACGUUGACGUAGCAAGCGCAACAACACAUGGCAUCAUUGUCGUGAACUCGCCUUCUGGAAACAUCAAUGCGGCUGCAGAACAUACAAUCGCUCUGUUGAUGGCUGUGGCUCGCAAUGUCGGUGAUGCAGCACAAAGCAUCAAGGCUGGAAAAUGGGAACGAAGUCGGCUUGUUGGUGUAGAAGCAAAGGGCAAGACAUUGGCCAUCGUUGGCCUGGGUAAAGUCGGUCUGACAGUUGCUCGAAUUGCAAAUGGUCUGGGAAUGCGCCUCGUAGCUUAUGAUCCAUAUGCAAACCCCAACUUGGCCGCCGCGGCGUCAGUCACGCUUCGGCACAGUCUUGCGGAGCUGCUCCAAGAAGCAGACUUCUUGACACUUCACACGCCACUGAUUGCAUCGACCAAGGGCAUGAUUGGAAAAGCGGAGCUGGAGACCAUGAAGCCUACCGCCAGGAUCCUGAACGUAGCAAGAGGUGGAAUGAUUGACGAAGACGCACUUGUUGAAGCGUUAGAUGCUGGAACCAUAGCGGGAGCGGGCAUCGACGUCUUCACAUCCGAACCCCCGCAGCCAAACUCUUCAGCAACGCGACUCAUCGCCCAUCCAAAAGUAGUCGCAACUCCCCAUCUCGGCGCUUCCACCCGCGAAGCCCAGGAAAACGUCUCCAUCGACGUCUGCGAACAAGUCGUCUCCAUCCUCUCCGGCGAACUCCCUCGCUCCGCCGUCAACGCCCCCAUCAUCCUCCCCGAAGAAUACCGCACCCUCCAGCCCUUCGUUGCGCUGGUCGAGAAAAUGGGCUCACUAUACACCCAACACUACUCCUCCGUGAAACUCGACUCCUUCCGCACGACCUUCGACAUCAUAUACGAAGGCAAGCUCGCCAACAUCAACACGACCAAGCCGCUCUUCGCCGCGCUCGUCAAGGGCUUGUUAACGCCCAUCACGUCGUCCGACGGGUUGAAUAUCAACAUCGUCAAUGCGGAGUUGUUGGCCAAAGAACGCGGCAUCCUCAUCAACGAACAGCGCUCCCGUGAGAACGUGGAUGAUAAACCCUACUCCUCCUUCAUCACCCUGCGCGCGCGCUCCACGCGCUCAACAUCGCACUCCCGCACGCGCGCGCCCUCCCCUCCCCCCAACACCGCCGACCAAAUCAUCCAAGGCUUCGUCAGCGGCAACAAACCCUUCAUCUCGCGGCUCGACCGCUUCAAAGGCGAGUUCGUACCAAAGGGCACACUGCUGAUCUGCCGCAACUUCGAUUCGUGUGGGAAGAUUGGGUUCGUGGGGAAUCUUUUGGGGAAGGCGGGCGUGAAUAUUAAGUUUAUGAAUGUCGCGCCGUUGGAGGAGGAGGUUGAGGGCGAGGGGAAGAAUGAGGCGUUGAUGAUUUUGGGCGUGGACAGGGCGGUGGGGGAGGAUGUUAAGAAGGCGUUGAUUGGGCCUGAGGGGGUGUUGGAGGCUAGUGUUGUGAAUUUUUGA